UAAAGAUAGGGCAGUUUCUACAAUGGCGUUGCAGUAAAUGUUGAAAUUAUGCGUUUUAACAUCUUUGCACUAGUUUUAAUAAGUGCUGGUUUAUUUAUUUUAAUAAAAAACGCACAAGGACAAGAGAAACUGUGCAGAUCGUCAAAAGGACUGAUAUCUCGAAGUUUUUGGAACCGCUGGACUGGGUAUUUUUGUUAUCAAUAUGAAAAAAGACUUAAAUUUAAAUACAAUUUUACUGUGAUACCAUACGACUCUUGGUACAUUCCGGUCACCUUUAUUGACAACAAAACUGAUUUUUUCUGGUGGGAUUUUCUAAACAAAACUUCCUUAAGUUACAUUCGCGCAUCAUUUAAAAGCGACACAAUUUUCGAAAAAUGGAAAACAUGUGCACGAGAAGCCAUCAAUUGUUGCGAUUAUUUCAUGACCAGUGAAAAUAUCAUUCCAACUGACGAGUAUCCUUGUCCUGCAACUUGGGACGACUGGACUUGUUUCAGUCCUGCGAAAGCCGGCUUUGUCGCAAAAGUCCUUUGUUCGGAAUUGACUUUUUCGUCCAAGACUCGCGAAUGCGAAUUGCAAGCCGAGAAAGAGUGUUUUAGAAACGGGACAUGGAAAGCCAAGACUGAUUACAGCCCUUGUGCUGUAGCCCCAGUUUUGAAAAGUCGACAUCGAUUUCAUAUCACUGUCUUAGCAAUAGCUGUAGUUUUGACGACUCCUGCAAUUGUAAUUUUUUUCAGCUUCCAAUCAUUUAGACACAAACUUCGGUUUAUCUUACACAGAAAUUUAAUUCUAAUUAUUAUAAUAAAAAAUUUGUUUGUUAUUGUGACAAAAAAAGUCGUCAUAAUGGAUGCUUUAAUGAGCGAUGAUGACAAUACGAUUUUAAACGAAAAUAGAAUUGCUUGCCGAGUGCUUGCAUUUUUCGAAAAUGUGUCAAAAAAUGGAGUUUUUGGGGCCAUGUUUCUUGACGGAUUUUACUUGCACCGGUCGAUUGUCCGGCCAUUUGCUGACCAAACACCUACAGUCUUCAUCUAUUUUUUAUUUUUUGUUUUAUCAUGUUUACCGUCCUUGAUAUGGGCUCUACUCAGAAGUCUGCACCAUGGCGAAUACUGCUGGGUCAUUGAUAAUACAGGCGACCAAUGGGUCACCGACGGUUUCCGUUUGACCAUUUUAACAAUAAAUUUUCUUCUUUUGAUGGACAUUCUCCGAGUCAUGAUUUUAAAAUUGAAACAUAAUAGCGUAUCGCAGCAAACCAAAACAACUCUAAGGGUAACUUUAUUUCUGAUACCACUUUUUGGGCUUCAUAUUCUCAUCACUGUUAAUCGAGACAUGGUUCCUGAUAAUACUUGUGGUUCUGUAGAUGUUUACUACUAUGCUACUUAUUUUGUUGAAGGGCUUCAAGGUAUUUUAGUGGCAUUUUUAUUUUGUUACAUAAACAAAGAAGUUCAUCAUGAAAUAAUAAAUGCUUCCCGAAAAAUGAUCAUUUAUUUGCAACAAAAGCUUGACAAAAAGAGUGAGAGAAGGACGACUUCGGCAACAAUCGUAGAAUCAAUAACAGAAUAAAAUAUUCCGUGUCUACUGUUUCUGAUAGGUACUUUGUUAUUAAUUAAUAUUCUGUAUUUUAUUAAAUGUACAA